AGCCGGUUCCGGGCAGGAUCACUUUCGCUUUUUCGCUCUGACAUGUGCAUUCUGUGAGGUUACUUGGGAAGGAGGAGUGCCCCUCGUGACCUUGGCUGCGCCAUGCUCAAGGGAUGGUUUGAUGCCUUCCGUACUGAAGGUGGACCCACGCUCUAUGCGUAUGCCAACAGAACUGCGGUGACCGAGGACAUACGGAAUAUUCUAAUCUACGUGUGUUUUUCGACGCUCUUCAUCGCUUCAUCAUCGUCUUCCCAGGGAUACGCAAAGAGAAAUUUUCAACAUUCGUCAGCGUCACAAUAAGCCUGCUGGUCGGGGCUGUCGUACUAACCUGCAUCUAUGGCAGCGAUUGGCAUGUGGCCAGCGCCGUGGUGUCUAGUCCCUACCGUGCCUUCUCCGCUGACCGCAUUUCCGCCCGGGUAGGCGUUCACAUAGGACUUAACAGCGUCAACAUCACAUUGUUUGGCAUGCCGAGGUACAGCAAGAAGGAAGAAAUCAACUUCAAUGAGAGGCUGACGUGGCGCAGACCGACGCAGGUGAAAGAAGACUACAGAGAGGCGCUGGUCAAGGGGCUUCCGUUCCCCAUCCUAACUAUAGCGGAGUACUUCAGCCAGGAUAUGGAUGGAUUCUGCUGGGGCCGCCGCUACCGCCUCGCUGGUCACUACGCUUUCAUCAUGCUAUGGACGUCUCUGGCACUGUGGCUGCUCAUGAACGUGCUGCUCUGCGCCAUUCCCAGGUAUGGCGCCUAUGCCAUGCAGCUGACGGGUCUAACAAUGUUGUUCAGUGGCGGCCUCUACUCUUCGCUACUGCCAGCCAGGCCACUCAUCAUACCUUUUGAAGGAGGCCUACUACACUUCAGCUUUGGCUGGUGCUAUUGGGCGGUACUUGGAGCAGGGUCCGCCGCAGCAGUAUGUGGAGUCUCUAUUGCCGUGCUUGAUAUUUUCCUCCCGAGAAAGUUCUCCACUAUUCUGGAUGUUGACUAUGACUUACCAUAUCGACACGUCGUAGCCCAGGAGUUCACGGACCACAGCGCUGUUGCUCCAUCACCAAAGGUCGCUAUCUCGUCGGCUGCGUCAACUAGUCGAACAGGAAUUGCCAAUACAGCUUAUGAAGACAGUGACGACGUCCACGAAAUGCGUGAUGUUUCACUGCACAACUUUCGCAAACAACGACAGCACAGAUCAGCGCCAACUAGACGCUCCAGCUUCACAGUAGCGACAUCACGAGAUGUGAACAUCAACCUGCAGUCGGCGGCCAUGUGGUGACCAGCUUCACACGCCUCUCCUCGAGCAACUUGUUCAUUGCUCAAGCUCACUUCCGCUGUGCGGGAUGGGGCUCCUCGAAGCCAAACGUUUUUCACGGCUGUCAACGAAGGGCUGUGAUCUUGGGUUACGACGCCAUAAACUACUGCUCUUUGCUUCUGGGCGCGCCACAUCGUCAACGCACGCUGCUGCGACUCGGAGACAAUCAUGCACACCGGACGCUGCGUUGAUGUGCAGUCUUGGAAAAAAAAAAACGGAAAGCUUGUCUUUUCAGUGUCAGUAACUCCAGGUCUCUGCUCUCCAAAAUAGUGCGCGAUUGGUCUUUGAAGGUACGCGCUGUAAACACGCCUAGUGAACGUUUCGCAAGAAAUAGUAGAAUUCACUGGGAACAAUCUUCUCACAAAAACCUAUGCUAGGCGCUUCUGAUAGCAUGUUCUGCAGUGCGAAGCACUUCACGCCGCAUAAGCGUUUUCAGUCUCGUUGCAGGUAAAUAAAACGAUGGCAUACUAGUCAUACGAGAAGCGCAAUAGAAUAAUAAGGUAGUGGUGAUGCCGGUGUCUAAUUGCACGUGUAUAAAUCAGUGGUUGGUCACUUCUAGUACUAAAUAAUUAUAUGCCAAGUAAGAAACUAGAAACGUACUUCUCGCAACUUCAACAACAUAUAAAAAGCUUCGGAGUUAUCUAUUUAUGCAAUAUUUCACGUGGUCGGCUUACCCGAAUGCAUUACUUUUGAAAUUCGUGAGUCACGCGCAACCGAUUUUGGUACGAGUGUCCCAUUCUAAGUGUUCAGAGUGACAUAGCAAAGGCAGUAGUUUAAUUGUUUUGCCGUUUUGUGACGGUUGUAAUCGAAGAAAGAUACAUUUGAGGUGCCAUCAGUCAUGAGUAGCAGAGACGUUGAAGUACUUUACCUACUGAUGCGACAGAAUUAAAAGUUUUUUUCGUUCAGAUAAUACACGCUAUGCGAAAGAUAAUUGACGCAGGUGUUAGAUUUCAAUUUUCACUGCGUGGCCUGCGUCAUAACAGUAAGGCGGUCUCUAUUAUGAGUUCGGGAUAUCCCCACGCAGUCGCAUUCAAGGUGCGCUGGUGCGCAGGUUGGGGAAAGGAAGGAAAGCAGUCGCUUCAUUCACUGGGCACGACAGAUUACACGUCAUACAAAACAGUGACAGAGAGCCAAAGAUGGCCGUCCUAAGAUGGCCGUCCUUCACUCAGUGCUCUUUACCACGUGCUUUUGUCGAAGAAAGCAGUGCCCUGGUAAGACGCCAUGGUCCCGCACUUUUGAGAAGCAUGCCCACGAACAGACGUGUCUAGUGCUACCAGAAGCGACUCCAGAUGUGAUACUCUAGUCGGGCUGCACCUUUGAAUACACGCGUCACGCCGGGCUCUGUGGCUGGUCCAUUAGAUAGAUGACAAACUCUUAAAACGCGCGCAUGGCAGGUCGGCUCUGCCAAGUGAGCGUUCUUCAUUUGUGUGUUAUGAAACAGAUACUUUGUGAUAAAACUG